AUGGCUACUGGUCCUCUCUCCUCCCUGCUUUCUCCUCAUUGGUGUUUCCUUCUUCUUAGAUUCCAGAGCUUGUUUUUGUUCUCAGCAGCCUUUCCAGGGUGAGGUGGCUUCAAUUCCCCAUUGGAAAUCUGAAUGAAGCUGCAGUUUGCUCAGGAAGGGAAGAAAGAAAAGUUUAGAUCUGGCUUUAGCAACAGACAGAUGCACUUCUGAUUUCUUCAGGCACAAAGAAGAUGUGUUUGCUGACGUUAUACUUCACCUGAAAAGGAAAAGAAAAUCCGUUAAAGACAGAAGAGUGGAAAUAUUACUUGAAUUUUCCAACAGGGCUAGCAUAGUGUAAUGCUUAUUGCUACAGAUGCAGAAUGACUGCUUCAGGCUUAUUUCCCUAUGCCUCCCACCAAAGGGACUAAGGGCCAAAUGGAGGUGGUCUCUUUGACAUCGACACAAGUAGAAAAAGGCAUCCAGGAUGGAAAUCCAGUACACAACCAUUGCAUCCUGCUCCUGUAUUCCCCCUGGACCCAGCUCCUGUAUUCCCCCCUGGACCCAUGAUGUUCAUAUUCUACAGACCUCAUAAAGGAUUCUUCAAUGCUGUAAGUACUAGUAUCAGAUCUGCUCAAACAGAGCAUCAUGAAGAACAAGCAUAAAGAUUGAAUCCUAUUAAUCAUGGUCUUGGGAAGCUCCAAGCAAAAUAUCUUCUAAAUAAUUAGGGCCAAAAAAUAGGCUUUGCAUACUAAAUUAUGUCCAUGGUUUUAGGAUUCCUUUAUGAUGGAGAAACCCACUCAGCAUCCUACUGAGGGUUUGUUUAAUCGAACUAUUGCAAACAGCAGCAACUCACAGUUUUCACACUUUGAUUCAUGUCAGCCUUCUUUCCCUGCAGUCUUCUUGCUCAUCACGGCUUAUACUGUCGUUACAAUAGUGGGGCUUUUUGGAAACCUUUGCCUGAUUGUUAUAAUACAAAGACAGAAAGAAGCUCAAAAUGUUACAAAUAUUCUGAUUGCCAAUCUCUCCUUAUCCGAUGUCUUGAUAUGCAUCAUGUGCAUUCCUGUCACAGUUGCAUACACUUUGAUGGACUAUUGGAUAUUUGGCGAGGCUAUGUGUAAAAUAAGCUCUUUUGUACAAAGUAUGUCUGUCACAGUCUCCAUAUUCUCACUUGUAUUAAUUGCUGUCGAGAGACACCAGUUAAUAGUGAACCCACGUGGCUGGAAGCCGAAUAUGUCACACGCUUACUGGGGAAUUAUCUUCAUUUGGGGGGUUUCCCUUAUCAUAUCCAUUCCCUUUUUUAUAUUCCACCACCUAUCUGAUGAACCCUUUAAAAAUCUCUCUUACCAUAGCGAUUUCUACACGAACAAAGUUGUUUGCAUCGAGGCCUGGCCAUCAGUUGCAGAGCGACUGGUCUUUACCACCAGUCUGCUGGUUGUCCAGUAUUGCUUCCCACUGGGCUUUAUUUUUAUCUGCUAUCUCAAGAUAUUUGUAUGUCUCCGGCGGAGACAUGGUAAGGUGGAUGGGAUGAGGGAGAAUGAGAGCAGACUAAAUGAGAGCAAAAGGAUUAAUAUGAUGCUCAUUUCAAUUGUCGUGACCUUUGCAGCUUGCUGGUUGCCUCUAAACAUAUUUAACGUCGUUUUUGACUGGAACUAUGAGGCACUGAUGAACUGCCACCAUAACUUAGUGUUCACAUUGUGCCACCUGGUAGCCAUGCUCUCGACAUGUAUCAAUCCUAUCUUUUACGGAUUUCUCAACAAGAAUUUCCAGAAGGAUUUAAUAGUGUUAAUUCACCACUGCAGAUGCUUCACAUCUCAGGAGGAAUAUGAGAACAUCGCCCUUUCAACCCUGAACACUGAUGUAUCCAAGGGGUCCUUGAAAUUAAAUAAUACCCCUGUGAAUAGCUAAAAGAAUCCCUCAUGACAGUCUCCAAAACUAUGUAUUUAUUGUGAAUUUACUGAUUCUGGUUGAUCCUUUCGGAGGAUUAUAAAGGUCUUGAGCUGUUCCCACUAAUGCCAGAGGGAGUCUUUGCCGUUUAGUUCAGUGGGAGCAGGUAAACUUAUCUUGUAAACUGUUCCUUCUACAUAACAUUAUUUCUUAUUAAUUCUAGUAAAUCACCCCCCAGAAAUCCUUUACAGUCAACACUAUGAAAUACCAGCAGUAUUAGCGUAUCAUUUUUAAGUCCAUGAUUUCACUAUCAAUGACUGCCUCCCUCAGAAAUUUUCCACCUCAGUGAUACAUGUGACAUUCCCUGGGUAAAAUGCUCUCUUCUGCUUCCCCAAGAUAAUCCAUCCAUUCCAAGGUGCCCCCAAAUCCACCAGUCCUUCCUCUGCCCUGCCCUCUAGCCUUGUGCCUCUCGACCCCACCAUGUUUUUUCCUGCACCUCAUAGAGGCUACUUCAGAUGGCCCAUCUACAUGGCAGCUGUCCCUCACAAUGGCUUCUGGCUAGGAGUGACUGGUCCAGUAGGGAGCAGGUCCCCCUGCUGGAUGGCAGUUUGGGGAAGGGGUUCCCUUUUGGUUUUUGAUGCAAGUGGUCUUCCCUAAUUAAUGGGGAAGGUUGGGUUUCAUGGCUGAUGUAUGCAUGGGUAGGGGUGGCAAAUUAGAACCAGGUAUCCCAGGCUGCUGGACUGAGAGCUAGGUCAGGCGAUGGGAUUCCUCUGGGUAGAAAUGGCAGGUCAGGGACAAGGUGGGAAGGAACCCAGAUUUUCAGAUUCAGAUCUGGGGCUGGGCAGGUAGGCAUUAUGAGGUGAGGCGGGGAGGCAGCCAGCAGCAGCCGCAGGACUUCCACUCAGUACAGCAGCAGCUUGGCCUGCCGCUUCUCCUUUCCUCCUGGUGCAAUGCUGAAGCAGCAGCAAGGAUCGGGAGUGCAGGCAUUACGUGGUAUGUGCUCCAUUGGCUCUGAGCAAUGCUUGUUGGGGGAGAAACAGGAGAGGAGCUCUCAUUGGAGCAGAUCCCACAGCCCUGGUGGAUACACCCGUCGCAUGAUGGCUGUCAGAGGCUGCAGCCACCAGCACAGUCCUAGUGCUGAGAACGCUGACAACAAGAGCUGGCCUUAGCAUUUUCAAGUUCUGUUUCACCCAGGCUCUUAUACCACUCUCAUCACUGUAGUAUGAGAGCCUUCCAUUCGUGCUUUAGUCAAUGUGACUACACAUCUGUCCAAGUUGGCCUGUGAAACAAUUUUUAGUUACCCCUCCAUCCACCAGUACCUGACUCCUGUAUUUUGUUAUUACAGCAGUAUGGGCACAGAUGGACCAAUGGUUUUCUGAGGGGUUAGGAAGAUCAUUAUUUGGGAUAUGUCCUUAACUCACUUAUUUUACGUAAAAGGUGAGUCUGGGGGAAGCUUCGUUAGGGUCUCUCAACCCUCUCUCUGCUUCUCGCUUUCAGCCCUAGCAAGUACUUUCCUUUGUUUUAUAUCCACUUGUGCUGGUUUGCAGUUCCAGACUUUGUUCACAAUUAAAAGAGCUAGAGACUUAAUUUUUGUUUUUAAAUGAAAGUUGAGAUGGGCCCCAAAUGAGCCCCUACAAGUGCCAUCCAGCUCACCCGUAUUCAAGAUGAAAAAUGCAUAAAGCAUCUCUCUUAUUUGUAUUGUAUUCUCCUCUCUUUCUCCAGCACAAACUGUAGGCGUCUGUUAUAAACACCAUUGCUUCUGAAAACAGGCUCUUUAAAACAGCUAUUAUCAAACCGACUAUGAAUUCAUAAUUACUCAUUGGCUUCAGCUACUUAUACAGAUGAAAACAUGUUUGUCUUUGGAUAGAAAAUUUGUUUUGUGCUUUAGUUUCAGAAAUAUCCUCCCCCAUCCCUGUGUGUUAUGCACAAAAGCGAUAAUGCACAAAAGGCGUCUGGGUAAGAGAGGGUAUUUUUUGUUUGCCAUGAAUAUCCUGUUCAGACUGGCUUUUGCUACAGUGCAGUGCACGGAAGACUAAAGCUGUAAAAUUAAUGUUUUUUAAUUAAAGCAUACUGUUGGUUGUUUUAAAAGUUAA